AUGGAGAGUAACCUGCCUGUAGAUACUGACCUGCCGGUAGUCAGUAACCUGCCUGUAGUCACGGACCUGUCUGUAGCCAGGAACAUGCCUGUAGCCAGUGACCUGCCUGUAGCCAGUAACCUACCAGUAGCCACGGACCUGCCUGUAGCCAGUGACCUGCCUGUAGCUACUGAACUGCCUGUAGCAUCUCACUCUGACUCAAGUUGCUAUUUACAAGCUAAGCUUUGCUACAACAGUAAUCUUCACAAUUUACAGACAUCCCUGACUGCUUUUGAUUUUCGUGGAGCAUGCAACGCUUGGUCUCAGCUGUCCCUUUGUACCGGAGCAUUGAGGAGCAACAGCACCUGUCUGCCCGCAUUGAUAGACAACAUUGUGACAAAGUUUAAAGGAGAUGCCUUGCUUGAUGGGUGCGACAGCCAGUGUGGUGACCUGUUGACCAGGUGUUCUAGCACAUCCCUGCUUAACGUGACACUCAACCCCAUCAACAUCAUCAACUGGACGGACGUUUGUGUCCAGGCCCAUGAAUCUCGCCGUUGUAUGAUAAACAUUAGAGAUCUGAGGUCUGGAGAUUGUGAAGGAAAAACACAGUUGGUCUCCCACAUUCUGAACAGUCAGCUAAACUACUUCUCUAAAUACUGCACUACCAAUGGCCAACCCAGCUCCUGUUUGACCAGUCUGGAACAGUGCAAAGUCCAUUUUAUGACGUCACUAGAAACCAACAAUUCUCGGUAUUGCGAGUGA